AUGGAUGCACGGACGGCCCGGACGGUGCCCGAGGCUGCCCGGUUCAUCCCGGCUCUCCCUCCUCCCCAGCUGCCUCGGAGGAGACGGGAUGGGAUGAGCGCCCUGAGCUUCCCCCGUGGGGAAAUGCCAGCGGGGACGCGGGAUUUGGGAGCUUUUUCCACCAGCCAACGAACGUCCAAGGAAUGGGCUGCCCGGAUAGCUCGACCUCCCUGGACACUGACCCAGGAGGAGAGGAGCGGCGCGGAGCCGGCGUCCCGGGCGCUUCCCAGCGCGCUUCCCAACGCUCUCCCGCUCGCUCUCUCCCUGCAGUGCGUCUUCGACGACCUCAGCGGCUCCGUGUCGCUCUCCUGGGUGGGAGACAGCACCGGGACGUUCAGGGACAUCACCGAGCUCAUCAACAACACGUUCAUCCGGACCGAGUUCGGCAUGGCCAUCGGCCCAGAGAACUCGGGAAAGUGGGUGGAGAUCCACAAAUCCGUCUUCCUGGCCAAGUGGGGUGCAAACGACACCAUCUUCUUCACCACCUACCUGAACGGCUCCUGCAAAGCUGAUCUCGGGUUACUGGAGCUAAAGAAAACCUCCGACUUCGGCAAAGCCUUCAAGGUCAUCGGCACCAAGAUCUACUCCUUCGGCCUGGGCGGGCGCUUCCUCUUCGCCUCCGUCAUGACGGAGAAGGGCAGCACGAGGCGCAUUCACGUCUCGCUCGACCAAGGCGAGACCUGGAACAUGGCCCAGCUGCCCUCCGUGGGCCACGAGCAGUUCUACUCCAUCCUGGCCGCCAACGACGACCUGGUGUUCAUGCACGUGGACGAGCCGGGAGAUACGGGUUUUGGCACCAUCUACACCUCGGAUGACCGUGGCAUCGUGUACUCCAAGUCCUUGGAGCGGCACCUCUACACCACCACCGGCGGCGAGACGGACUUCACCAACGUCACCUCGCUGCGGGGCAUCUACAUCACCAGCGUCCUCUCGGAAGACAACUCCAUCCAGUCCGUGAUCACCUUCGACCGUGGCGGCGAGUGGGUGCCGCUGAGGAAGCCGAAAAACACCACGUGUGACUCCACGGCGAAGAACAAGGAAGAGGUGGGUCUGUCUUGCGAUGCCCUGGGCUCUUCUGCUUGGGGCUGGAGCCACCCCAUGGGGACCUGCUGCCCAGGGUAACCCCCAGGGCCUGUGCUGGGGGCACUGUCUCACCUCUCUGUCCCCAUCUGUCCCUGCAUCUACAUCUCGGACGACGGGGGCUACACGUGGGCGCGGAUGCUCGAGGGGCCGCACUACUACGCGAUCCUGGACUCCGGCGGCCUCAUCGUGGCCAUCGAGCACACCAGCCAGCCCGUCAACGUCAUCGAGUUCUCCACGGACGAAGGGCAGUGCUGGUAUAAAUACACUUUCUCCAAGGAUCCCAUCUUCUUCACCGGCUUGGCCUCCGAGCCCGGAGCCAGGUCCAUGAACGUCAGCAUCUGGGGCUUUCGGGGCAACUUCCUAUCCCGCAAGUGGGUCUCCUACACCAUCGACUUCAGCGAGCUGCUCAGCAGGAGCUGCGAGGACAAGGACUACACCAUCUGGCUGGCUCACUCCAGCGACCCCAGCGAUCCCAGCGACGGCUGCAUCCUGGGCUACAAGGAGCAGUACCGGCGCCUCCGCAAGUCCUCGGUGUGCCAGAACGGCCGGGACUACAUGGUGACCAAGCAGCCGUCCGUCUGUCCCUGCACCCUCGAGGACUUUCUCUGCGAUUUCGGCUACUACCGCCCGGAGAACCAGUCUGUGUGCGUGGAGCAGCCGGAGCUGAAGGGGCACGACCUGGAGUUCUGCCUGUACGGCAGACAGGAGCUGCUCAAGACGAGCGGGUACCGGAAGAUCCCAGGAGACAAAUGUUCAGGAGGGGAAAGUCCAAGCCGGGAAGAGACCGACAUGAAGAAGAAAUGCACCAGCAACCUCCUGAGCCCCAGCCAGCUGGCAGCAGCGUCCUCCAGUUCCACUCCCAUCAUCCUGGCCGUGCUGGGCCUGCUGCUCGUCACCGCCGUGGCCGGCGUGCUGCUUGUCAAGAAAUACGUGUGCGGAGGCAG